CCUCCCUCUUCCCCUUCCCCUUCCCCUUCCACCAGUCUCAAGGGAAAUGUACUCUGUAAUACGGCCAGCUAUUCAAACUAGAGGGACAUUGAGCCACUCGCUCUCACUUUCACUCUCAAAGCAACCACCGCGUGUCUCCCCUUCGUCUUUUCCUUCAACUCUCCGUUUCUCUUCGAUCGCGACUCUGAAAAAGAAGAACUUUGAUGCAACUUUAGCUAAUAGCGUCAGAAAUAGCAGUAACAGUGGCAAUAGUAGGGCUAUCAGGAAUAUCAGUACUGGCAAUUCAACCGCCACCGCUUCUUCUUCUUCUUCUUCUUCUUCUUCUUCUUCCACACCUACGCUUGCAACAAACCUUCGAUCUAUCCCUCCUGCAUUACCCAAUAAAACAAUCCGAUCUAUUUUAGCUACUGCAGUCCCUGACAGUACGGUCAAAGUCCAGGGUUGGGUACGAUCAGCUCGUCAUCAAAAGAACAUCACCUUUGUGGAACUCAAUGACGGAUCAAGUCUCAAAGGUGUCCAAGCUAUCCUCAGCGGAGGGGAAGGCAAAGGAUUGGUGACAGGAACAAGUUUAGAACUGGAAGGAAAACUUGUCAAGAGUGAAGGAAAGGAGCAAGCAUAUGAUCUACAAGUAACCAGUCUAAAAGUGAUUGGAAGUUGUGAUGGCGAGACAUAUCCUCUUCAAAAAAAACGACAUUCCUUCGAAUUCCUGAGAGAGAUUUCGCAUCUUCGAUCCAGAGCCAAGACUGCCAGUGCCAUUCUCCGUCUUCGUAGUGCCUCCGUCUGGGGAUUUCAAAAGUUCUUUGAGUCUCAAGAGUUCACUCAAGUCCAUACACCUUUAUUGACAACGCAUGAUUGUGAAGGAGGCGGUGAAGUUUUCAAGAUUGCACCUCGGAUAUCAGCCCGAGCUCAACAGCAAUAUGAAGAACAACAACAACGACAAAAACAAGGCGCACUUCAAAAGUCUGAUGCCAAUACUGAUACCCAACUCAAUCCUUCUACAAUGACUACAUCUGUAUCUGCACCUGCACCCUCCGAAUUCUUUGGCUCUCCCGUGUACCUAACAGUGUCUGGACAACUUCAUCUUGAGAUCAUUGCCAGCGCCCUCUCACGGGUCUUCACAAUGGGUCCAGUCUUCCGGGCAGAGCCCUCGAUGACCCCUCGUCAUCUCUCCGAGUUUUGGAUGCUGGAGGCCGAGAUCGCGUUCUUGAACAAACUGGACCAUCUCUUGGAUUUCUCCGAGGCCUGUCUGAAGGAAACGACCCGGUUCCUCUUGGAGAGUUGUGCAGAGGACAUUGAGUUUUUAAACACCUGGGUGGACAAGUCGUUGAAGGGUCGUCUUCAUCAUCUGGUCAAUGAGCCCUUCAAGCGAAUGACCUAUACAGAGGCCAUCAGGAUCUUGCAGGAAGCAGUGAUAGCUGGUGAUGUCAAAUUUGAGUUUGAGCCCAAAUGGGGACAGGGGUUACAGAGUGAACAUGAGAAAUGGUUAGCGGGUACAUAUUGUCAAGGACCUGUCUUUGUGACGGACUAUCCUGCAGGACUGAAACCCUUCUAUAUGAGGAAGAACGAUCCCCCUUUGUCUUAUUUGUCAUCACCGAGUAGCAGCAGUAGCAGUAGCAGUAGCAGUAGCAGUAGCAGUAGCAGUAGCAGUAGCAGUAGCAGUAGCAUUAGCAGCAGUAAUAGUAGUAGUAGUAGUAGUAGUAGUAGUAGUAGUAGUAGUAGUAGUACUAACAGUAACAGUAACAAUGGCAGUAGCAGUGGCGGCAGUACAAAAGUAGGAAAACAGGAGGAAGAGGAUCGUACGACGGUAGGAUGUGUUGAUUUGCUUGUACCUGGGAUUGGAGAGUUAAUGGGAGGAUCCCUUAGGGAGGAACGACAUGAGGUGUUGAAGAAGCAACUUUGGGAAUUUGGGUUGGAUCAAGAAGAGUACCAGUGGUAUUUGGAUUUACGAAAGUAUGGUACGACCCCACAUGGUGGAUGGGGCAUUGGGUUUGAACGGUACAUGUUGAUGGUCACAGGCAUGGACAAUGUCCGAGACAUCAUCCCCUUCCCUCGAUACAACCACUAUUGUAAAUUUUAGGAU